CUGCUUAUUAAACACCCUGAUUAGUACGGAGCACUACGGAGUACCUACCGAUUUAUUAUCCUUUGUCAAAUUUAAGGACAUUAAAGACAAGACAUUCAAGUAGUUUAAAUAUCAUGCAAUUAUUAUAAUAAAAGAGCAGGUUUUUACUGAUAAUUUUAUUUCUCUUAUAUCGUUGUACCAGUGAUAAAUUGUACAGCAAAGUCACUUAAUAGGUUCUAUUCUCUAUUAACUAACAUCUCUGAACUAACCUUGUGUCAUUGAAAAUUUACUCCAGUGGCGUGCAGCGUGUUUUUCACAAAAAAAAUAAAAAAAAUAUAAAUUAAAGAGUAAGAAUUGUGUACUAAAAUAAUGUUUUGCAAUCAUACGACAAAAUCAAAUCAUUUGAAAAUGAGAAUAUACAUUUAAUCAUGUAACUCAUUCUUAUCGAUUGUGAACUGUACACAAAGUGAGUAUACAUCAGAACCUGCUGUUUUUUCCUCGUGUAGUAGAAACAUUCCACAAAAAUGGCAAAAGAAAUGAUAAUAAUCUUGGUCUAUGACACCCAGUUGUUACAAAGGGAAGAAGACGACCCCGCGACUGCGAUUCUAUAUUUUCACCCAACGUGGGUGUCGGACCAACAAAAAACGGCAUUAUGUGGCCAACUAAUGGGUACUGUUCACUGUGUCAAAAGUAUUUUUUCAGCACCGAAGAUAGUUUCGCUGCAAAGCGGAAAGUUUUUCGUCAAAGAAUAUGGGCGCUAUUUAAUGGCUGUAGGAACUGACCGUAACAUAGCUGAUUGGUUGCUGGAACACAGGGCUAACACAAUGUCUUCUCUUAUAAGUUUCUUCCACCAGGACAUUGAAGUCAUGUCGAAAUUGUAUACAGAGAGUUCAAAACUUUCGGCAAAGUUAUACCAACUGUUUGAAACGUACUUGAAGUAUUUAUUUUUAGGGGGCAAUAUUUUUGCUUAUAGUCCUUCACUGAAGUUGCCAAAGAGUGCAAGUAAUGUAUUUUUGGAAGCUAUACAGAUUUUGCAGUGUUGCCAGGAGCUCAAUUACGUGAUGGGGGGCACUCUGUUGUACCAUAAUAAAGUUGUGGCGACACAGUUAAGUGCAGACAUUACUAAAAGAAUUAUUUUGACUGACCCAUAUCGAAUUAAGUGUCCAGCGGAAGUACCUGCAGUAAAUUUUGAUUUGCCAUUAGGUGUUCAAUUGCUUCAAGUAUACAUUUCUAGUAAGGAAUAUUAUAGGUUGCAUGAGGAUGCAACCAAAAGCAGGAAUAUUUUUCAGUUCCUCAGCAAUAAAAGUAUUAAAAAGCUGCAGACCAAACCUAUGUCCUCCAAAGAACCUGUAAUGUCAGCCAUGAAACGCGACCAAUCGAUCAUUUUCACCGCAGUCCCAGAAGAGGACUCUGAGCAUCAACUCAUCAUAAAGACUGAGAAACCCAGCGCUUCGCAAAAUCGGCCGAAAUUUCUCAAUCUCAAGAGCAAAACUACCGACAUUGAGAAAAUCGAGAAAAAACAAACCACCCCCUUCCACGGUCAAACCAGCGUGUGCUCAACACCCAUGACUGACUUAAGUAAAGUACUGCAUUCUAAACCGAUGUCGAUUUGUACAAACGCGUUGGAAGAACCAACCCAAAAAGAAAACGAAGAAAGUACAACUGUAGACGUCGAACGUCCAAAUCUAGAUUUAAUAACAAACGUGCCAUAUUUGAGAGUAACAAACAAUUUAUAUGACUGCAAAAAAUAUUCGAGCGUUUUUGAUGUUCGAGAGAAAAGUAAGGGUAUUAGUAAAGGUAUUACCACGAAAUAUUACAAGUCGAGUGUACGAGAAGAAUACAGUGGCGACGUAACGCCAGACGAAAAUCGCGCUUUCAAGACCAUCGCUGACCCAAAUUACCCCAUUUUUCGCACAGACGGGACCAUGGUGUCGCACCCAUUUUACGAAGAUUACUUAACCAAUCAAAUGGACCUAAUCACUACUGAAAUCGCCACACAGAAAUCCGAAUUAGAGACUUCUUUCGAAGACUUUGAUUCAAAUUUAGUGGAUUUUGUUAAAAAUGUAGCACCCGUGAAAAAAAAUUCUGAUAAAGUGGUCGAAAAUAUUGAAAUUUCGGCCUUACCGCGACCCAAACCUUCCAAAGAACACCGCAAGUCUCUGACUCUUCCACUAAAGUCACUCAGUGUGGAUGAAGCUCCGUCAUCUCCAAUCCGAAGACAUUCUUCUGGAGUUCUUCUGACACCUCUGAUGUCUAAACUGAGCUCUUUUACUUUCGAUGAAAGAUCUAGUGGCUUUUGCAGCCGCGACACCACACCUAUUUUUACCCCCACCCAACAACCUUCGUUCCCGUUUCCGUUCAAAAAGCCGAAGAGUAGGUUCCUGCAAGAAGGAAAUGAUGAGGAUCUUCAUAAAUGUGUUUUGUUUGUUUGUGGACAGCAGGAUAUGGUUGUGACGCUUCUGCUUCAGGAUGAGGCUUGUUCGUCGUCGGAGAUGAUUACGAAGUUGUGGGAGAUCUGCACCGAGAAUUUGGGGAAAUUGGAGAAGCAGUUGCAUCACUGUUUGGAGACCUAUCCGGCGGGAGGUGUGCAGACCGACAGUGAACCCUACAGUUACCUAUAUUUAGAUUCGGAUUGGGAUACGAUUCAUCGAGGGGGACCGUGGGGAAGUGCCGAGCUGGGGGCGCUGACUUACUUUCACAGAGAUUUUCAGGAAACGAAGAAUCUAGUCGAGAUUUUGAUGAGAUGUUGUGACGGCGUGAUUUAUGGUUAUCAGUGUGGAAAGUCUGAAGUAUUUUACCACCAGGCGGCUAACCCGAAUGCGGGUUUGCCGACUCCGGCGGAUCCCAUGAGCACUGUUCCCCUUAAGGCUAGGCGCAGGCUUGAGAGGGACCAUUCCAUAAUCUUACUUUAAACAGUAUUGCUUACAUUCCAGUGUCGUGCCAAAUAUGUAUCCAUGUUUGUGAUAGCGUGAUAGUAUUAUGAAUACUUGUUUAGUCAAUGUAAUGAACAUGUUCCUUUUAUUUUCUUUAUUUACAUUUAUAAGUUUCAUAUUUAUAUCACAAUUAUUUGUACAUAUGUUUAGUUGAAUAAAUUUUUCAAUUUCUCUUUAUCUUCUGAA